AUGGGAGAGGACUGCCCACUGUCUCUACUGCUCAUCCAUAGUGUGAUUGAAGCAUUAGCUGGAGCAAGCGACUUGGGAAUCCGAAGACAGUUUCAUCACCUCAGGGAGAGCUUGGGAGUGGUGCUGAGGAGUUCAUAUAAGAUGGGCAAGGAAUAUAAGUAUCUGAAGAGUAUGUUCCACGUGUUUCAGGAUAGCUUUUAUGAGGAAACAUAAGAGUACUGGUUGAAACGAAAGGCUGAAUGGGAGAAGGAUGAGAAGAUGGAGAAGGAAAAGAUCCUGCUAAAACAAAAAUGUAGAAUAAUAAAAAAGUUUGAGUUACAGUUGGAAGAAAAAAAGAAGAAAAUGAAUGAGUCCAUCAGUGCUGUUUCUGAUAACGUCGCUCGAGAGAAAGAGGAGCUCCUAAGACAACAUGAUGAAGACAUCCUGCAAAUACAGGAGCUGAGAAAAUCCAAAGAGAUCUUGGAGGCUGAGUUGCGGGCACAAGCUACUGUUCUGGAGACCCUGAACACAAACCUUUUCCAAUGCCAGAAAGAACUCGAGAGACAGAAAACUAUUGCAGCAAAUCUAGAGAAAUUGUUCCAGACAAAGCUUGCUGAAGCUGAAGAAAAGCAUAAGUACAACAUAAAGACCCUGACAGAAGAAAAUAACUGCCUCAGGCAGAAGAUGUUAACCACAACCACAAAUGAGGAAAUUUCAGAAAUUUCAUCUGCCAAUCCCAACGUGUAUGAAUCCGACGUUCCUGAACACAACAGCAACAAAAAGCAAACAUUGUAG